ACUACAAUACUAAAAAGCACUGGGAAUGGAAUGAGACAAGAAAAAGAUGCAAAUUCAUAUGAUUUGAUUCAUCAAUUAAAAGGCAAUCAAGCAAGCAAAGCUCAUAUUCUCUCGAUUUGACAACUUAUGGCAACGCCCACAUAAAUCCAAACACUAAAACCCAACCCCUUUUUUCACGAUUGAAAUUAAUCUUCCCUCUCUAUGAGAUGCAGUUGGUAGUUCAACUGAUCACGAAGCUGCCAUUUUCGCUUUCUCAAAAUGGCCUUCUAGGAUAAAUCCGCAACCACAAUUAUUUCUUACUAAUUUUUUGUUUCUUUGAGGGGGGGUUUCAAUUCAGGGACAAAAUGCAAUCAGGGAGUUCAGGUGAGUUGCGAUCGGGUGUUGGAGCAGCAGAUACUCGAGGGAAACACAGGAUAUCUGCUGAAUUGAAGAGACUUGAACAAGAAAUUCGUUUCUUGGAGGAAGAAUUGGAACAACUUGAGAAAACGGAGAACGCCUCAGCAGCUUGCAAAGAGAUGCUUAUCAAUAUCGAAACUAGACCCGAUCCUUUGCUCCCAGAGACCACGGGCCCAGUAAAUCCGAUCUGGGACAGAUGGUUUGAAGGCCCCCCAGAGUCUUCAGGCUGCAGGUGCUGGAUACUAUGAUAUACAUUGCCACGAAAACAAGUUCCAAGCAUCAAUUUCGUCUUAUAACCAGCACGUUAACAUCAGACCGUUUGUUCGAUGCAGAGCAAUAUAGUGCCCAGAAAAUAACCAUGCCUUCCAACUUCCAACUGUGUAUUAAACAGACAAAGAUGCAAAAUUUCAACCCCAAUUCUUUUGCCAAAGUUUUAUUCAAUCGAAUGUUAGCCUCGGUGUGCUUUUUUGCUGUUUA